AUGUCCUACAAGCCCAUCGCCCCCGCCCCCAGCAGCACCCCCGGCUCCAGUACCCCUGGGCCUGGCACCCCGGUCCCUACAGCCGGAAGUGUCCCGUCGCCGUCGGGCUCAGUCCCGGGAGCCGCGGCCCAGUUCAGGCCACUGUUUAACGACUUUGGACCGCCUUCCAUGGGCUACGUGCAGGCGAUGAAGCCUCCGGGCGCCCAGGGCUCGCAGAGUACCUACACGGACUUGCUGUCGGUCAUAGAGGAGAUGGGCAAGGAGAUCCGGCCCACCUACGCGGGAAGCAAGAGUGCCAUGGAGCGCCUGAAGAGAGGCAUCAUCCACGCCCGGGCCCUGGUCAGAGAAUGUCUGGCCGAGACAGAGCGGAAUGCCCGCACGUAA